CGGCCGUCUCACUAAAUUAUGUCAGACUCCAAAUUUAGCACCCACUUUGUGUGGUCAUAUGUCGAUUAGAAAAUCCAAGUUCGUUACGCUGGAUUUGUGCAUGCAUAAUAUUUAAUCCGUAGAUAUAAUUAAUCGCUCCAUGAUCCCAGAGGCUCGUGAUGGAUUGACUUUCAUCGAUGACCUUCUUUCCCUUAUGAAUGCCUUGACUCUGAUAAUCUGUUAAACUAUAACUACAUAUAUUAUCAAUACUUAAUUGGUUUAAUGGUGAUCUAUGCCAAUGUCAUAUUAUCCAACCCACAGAUGACUGCGCUAUUGUAUUUGUAGUUCCGCACAAUGGGAGACUGCGCACACAGUGUGCAAUGCCCAUGGCUUCCUUCUUUAGUAACAUUGUUGAAAGUAUUCAAUCCGCCAAAGGGGCGGUGGGCGAUUAUUACCAGAAAGUAGUGACAUCGUUGGGUGAUAAUGUCACCAUCAGCGGCCGCGAAUACAGGAUCCAUCGACUGCUAGGUGCUGGAGGCUUCUCUUUGGUCUAUCUCGUACAGGAUCAUGAGGGCCAAUAUUACGCAUUGAAGAAAAUGGAAUGCCAGCUACGCGAACAAGUGGCUCAUGCCCACCGUGAAAUUGAGAAUUACCGCCGAUUCGAAAGCGACCAUAUUAUUUCCAUGCUGGAUCAUGCGACAGUUACUGCACCGAACGGACGCCAAAUAGUGUAUCUCUUACUACCAUUCUAUCGACGUGGCAAUUUGCAAGAUAUCAUGGAUAGGCGAAAAGCGAAAAACGUCUACUUUUCAGAGACGCGAUUGUUACGGAUGUUUCUCGACGUUUGCGACGCUGUAAGGGUGAUGCACACACAUCGCGACAAACCAACAUCAGCGGAAGCUGCAGCCAAACUGAUGCCGUGGGCUCACCGGGAUAUCAAGCCAGGCAAUAUAUUAUUAUCUGAUGACGGAAACAAAGCCGUCAUCAUGGAUCUUGGAUCGGCGUGCCCUGCUCGCAUACCUAUUCACAACAAAAAAGAGGCUUUAAGAGAACAGGAUAUUGCUGCGGAGCAUUCAUCGCUGCCGUACCGCGCACCCGAACUGCUGGAUGUGAAAGUAGACUGUGUGCUGGAUGAAAAAGUCGAUAUAUGGUCCUUGGGAUGUACCUUGUAUGCCAUGGCAUACGGGCAGUCUCCUUUUGAUAUGAGUGACAGUGAACAAGGUGGAUCCGUCACGCUUGCUGUUAUGAAUGGACGUGUGAUGUUCCCCAAAGACCAUGAUCGGUAUUCACAGCCUUUCAAGGAUUUUAUCUUAGCAAUGAUCAACCCCAAUGUCCAAGAACGGCCGACAAUUUAUGAGGUUAUAUCGCAAGCAAAAUCCUUACUAAAUGAAUAA